AAAAGUCGUUACCAUUUCCCCCCCUGCUCUUUGUUUUUGUCUUUUGAAUUCGAAUUGACAAGUGCUUCCAAUCGAAGAAGAGCGGUUUAUCUUUGCUGUUCUCUGUUAUUUACUUUACUCAAUCGCCUUAUUUUUCAUUCGACCUUUUUUUCAAUUUUUCCAGCGCAUUCCCGAGCACAGCAACGGUAGCAGCAAAGCAAAGCAAAUAAAAAUAUGUUCAAACGGUCUCUGGCAUCAACCUUGACACAGGGCGUGCGGGCAUUCAGCACAGCCCGCGCAGUGUCCAGCGCAUUGCGUGCGGGCGUUCUUUUGCAGCGCGAUCCCAUUGUCAUUCAGCAGGCUAAGGGCUUGGAAGCAGCCUCGGACAAGUACUUUGAAUGGCUAGAGUAUAUCUCGGCGGAGCGGUUCCCGCGCGAUUUCUUCUUCAAAAAGGGAAGCUCAGCCGAGGCUAAGUGGAUGGAUCUGGAGGAUGCGCGCGCAUCCGAGUGGUACUUUGAUCCGGCGAGCAAGCCGGCAUUUAAGUCUGUCAAAAAGGCACCUGUCGAGGACGAGGCAGUGGUGGAGCCCGCCAGGCUUAUUGAGGUGCAGCCGCGCGAGACGCAGGCAGACAUUUCAGGCGACGUGCGGUCGUUGGAGCGCAAGCUUGAUCGGACACUGUAUCUUUUGGUCAAGGAUUCUGCUGCGGACCAGUGGGGGUUGCCGCAGGGCGCCAUUGAGGGCGAUGAGCUUUUGCACGAGGCCGCUAGGCGGAACCUGAAGGAUAUCUGCGGCGGCAAGAUGAACGUGUGGAUGGUCGGGAAUGGCCCUGUUGGACAUUUCCAGGCUGGUAAUCAGCCCGAGUUUUUCCUCAAGGGCCACAUACUCGCUGGCCAGGUCAAGCCCGAUGCCAAGCUGGCCACGGACUUCAAGUGGGCCACGCGGGAGGAGGUCGAGGCAACGGUUUCGGCCGAGUACUGGCAGCAGGUGAAGGACAUGCUGUCGACUGUCUAAACCACAACACGUGUUUAUGUGGCGUCGCCACUUUUGUUUCAUAAUGGUGGCGAGCUUGCCGAACAAAAAAUAAUAUUUAAAAUUUUACACCACUUUA